AUGUUCGUCCCAGGAACAAUCAUAGGGUGUCUACUCGCGUCUGCCAUACCAGACAGAGUGGGCCGCAAAGGAACCUUUCUGCUCGCCGCAAUCGCAUGUGGAGUCGGAGUUGCGGUUCAAGCUGCUGGUCCUCCCGCGGUAGUCUUCGUCAUCGCCCGUCUUGUGCACGGCAUAGGCCUCGGACUGAUAUCGAUCGUGACUCCGGUCUACCUUGUCGAAGCCUCGUCGGGGACAACGAGGGGUAGGAUGAUCGCUAUAUACUUACAGCUACUGACGUGUGGCAAUGUAUUGGCAUGUGCUAUCAGCCUUGCCACCUCCAAAUUAGAAGGGAGCAAGAGUUGGCGAAUCACGGUCGCAACUCAACUCGCUCUCGUCCUUGUCGUCGUCGCGGGCGCAGUCAUCGCACCCGAGUCUCCCACAAUCCUGCUGAGAAGGGGCAAAGUCAACGAGACCGAGCAGUCGAUCAUCACCCUCAGAAACCUACAGCCCGGAUCGAUCGAGCUCGACACAGCAAUGCAGGAGAUUCGGAACUGGUUAGCUGAACAAGCCUUGGCCGGCACGGCUAAUAUGGUGGAGUGCUUCCGCGGUACCAAUCUCCGCCGGACGCUGAUCGGAAUUGGAAUGGCCAUCAUGACAAUUGCCACUGGCAUCACUUUUUGGUUCAGCUACGGCACGACAUUCUUCGAAGCAGUCGGCCUGGAUGAUGCCUAUCUAGUGUCGCUAGUCCUCGCCAUCACUAAUUGCGUAUUCACCGCCCCAUCGAUCGUUCUGGUUGAAAAAGUCGGGAGACGGCCUUUAAUGUUCAUUGGCGGCGCCGUCAUGGCAUUUUCGGAGUUGCUGACGGCUGUCAUUCACACCAUUUCCCCCGGCAGCAGAACCGCUGCGAAUAUGCUUCUCGUUGGCUCUAUCUUGUUCAUUGCAGGGCUGGCUUCUAAUGGCGGAGCCGUACUCUGCCCGACUGCGCACGCAUUCGACCACCCUCUCUAUGAUGGUUUAUUGGAUCACCACGUGGGCGGUUGGAUUUGUGACGCCGUGGAUAUGUUGUUCAAUCAGAAGGUCCCAGCCUGGAGGUCGGUGUCUUGGAAGAAGAAAUUGCGGACUGUCGAUGGAAUCGAACCUUCAAAGGAGGAGAUUUCUGAGAUGAUUGUAACAGCAAAAUCGGAAGCCUGA